AUGUCCGUGAUCGGUAACUUUCGGCUUUUCGUUCCGGCCGCGACGGCCAAGCCCAGUCCCGCGGUGGGGCAGGCGUUGGGGCCUCUGGGCAUCAACAUGAUGGCGUUUUGCAAGGACUUCAACAGCCGGACGUCGCAGGUGCGACCGGAGGUUCCGCUGCAGGUGACCCUGUUCCCGAAGACGGACAAAACCUUCAAGUACCUCAUCCGCUCGCCCAGUACCAAGUGGUUUCUGCACCGCGUCGCGCGCCUCCCGCUCGCCGCACCGGUGGACGUGGGCAACAUCACGCUCAAGGAGCUGUAUCACGUGGCGGUAGCGAAAAGCCGCGACCCGCAGUGGAUCGGGGUGCCUCUGAAGUCCGUGGUCCUGGCGGUGCUCGGCACGUGUCGCGGCAUGGGAAUACGGGUCACGCGGGAGCGGCUGCCGGAAUUUUCGAAAAGGGACGAAACGCGGGUUUGGGACCUAGAAAAGUUGAGGAAGGAAACCAGGCAGAAAAACAAAACGUCAAGAAAAUCAGCGAAGAAAUGAAUAAUUGCAAGGACUCGGCACGUCGAUUUUUAUACCUAGCAGGUGCAGUACCAGUAGUUGCAGCAGUUGCAACAACACUCAGAGGAUCAU